AUGCGGUUGAGUGGCUCCGGGAGUGCAGCUCCGACACUUCUAUGUCUUCUAGUUUUUGGAUCCAGCCCUUCAAGGGUAAGAGCACAGAUGCUGGGAGGGUUUCCCACGCUGCCGUCAGCUCCGGCAGCUGGUUCAGCGAAUCCGUUUAAAAACAAGGACAAGACGGUGCUUGGAACUGUUCCAGAUUGGCUGGCGGAUGCCAUGAUGAUCCAGGACGUCGAAAUGUCACAGUUGUCAGACACUGUCUGGUAUGUUGUGACCGCAGGCGACGACGCCAACAGCAGGAUCAGCACCAGCACCAGCAGCCCCAGCAGAAGCCCCGGCAGCAUCCCCGGCAGCCCCAGCAACCCCUGCGACGCUGCGCCCAUGCAGGGUGACACGACGGCUCCGGGUCUGGACCUGAAGCAGCUUGGCCAAUUCGCCCUGUGCGAGAAGCCAGAAGAACACACCGGCCGACGACUGCUCAGCUUCGAGGACCUGCAGGGGUACUCGCCGAUCAAAGUCGUCCAGCAGCUGCUGGUCUGCCUUAUCAUCGUGAUCUUGCUGGUGUGCCUGUGUAUCCACAGGAAGUCGGUCCUCAUUAUUUUGACGGGGGAUGACUCGCUGCAUGCCACGCUUCCCGACUGCUGUUGGUACGGUGUGUGGCAGUGCUGUGGCCUUUGCAAGUAUGAUUGGGUGACAAUGUGUACUUCGUGGCCCUGCUGCGGGAAGUGGCGUGGCUCCAAUCCUGUUCGGACCAUGGGACAAUGGGUGGGGGUGACGUCUAUGUCCGUCGAGCUGAGUAACAUCGUGGUUGGAGAUAUUCCUUUCUACAGGUAUGGUGCCUUUUCCGUGACUGUCGAAUGUGGCAAGUAUCCGCCUUUGCAAACGUCUGUGCAGGAGGACCAAGAUCCCAAAACGAUUCACUUUCCGGAGGUCUUGACCUUGCGCCUCCGCGAUACAAUGUGGGACUCGCCAGUCGUGAUAACCGUCAAUCAAAUCAACUUCGUCGGCAUCCACAAAGUUGCAGAGGUUCGUCUCAGCCCAACGACCGUGGCGAAGUGGGCUCACCAGGGUGAUUCGUUCAACACGAAGCGUUUGGCAUUGACCCUGCAUGACCGCAACUUGGAGGCGGAGACACCCCCGUGGGUGAGCAUAACUUUCGGCACUCCGACGGCGGACUUGCGCCACCUGGACCACUUUCAUGCGAACUCGAGUCUCUCAGUGCGACUUGCCACGUGGGACAACGUUCCGGACCCGACCACUGGGGAGUUCUUCGCCGAGCACCCUCUGACCAGAAUGAAGCAAGACUAUCAUCUGGUGGACGGCGCUGGGAAUGUGGUCCAGGAACCCGACGAAGCUGACCUGUACUGGCUAAGCAGUUGCAGGAGCUUGCUCUUCGCGAUUUACUCAAUUCUCAGCUUUGUGGUACUCGGCGGUGUCGUGUGCUACGGCGCUUUCAGAUACUACGUCAAGAAUUGCUACGAGAAGUUUGAACUGCUCACCAUUGCGAAAAGUUGGCAGCCGCACGCGUUUCCAAUGCCUGCUUGUGCCUUGCAGUCGAUUAGCCACACUUGCGAGGUGAGGACGAAGGGCACUGGUCUCGAUCGGGGCUCUGACAUCUGUCUGCCCCUCGAUCAAGAGGUGGAACUUACAUGUGAUAGUCCGCCGCAAGAUCGGCCGACAGCAUUUUCUUUCAUCUUGGAAGACUUGGGGUUUGCCUCCAACAAGGGUGUGAAGUGCUUCGACGGAUUGUGCCAACUGCGGAAUAGGAUAGUCAGAUUUGACCAUGUCGUCUUCUUUGGGUCUUUGUUCCUGCUUUUCUUCAUCUUCUGCUUGUUCAGGCCUCUGGCCAACUCUUGCUUAGACGGUGCACGAGUUCGCGCACAGCAGCGGAGCAACAGCAGAUAUCGUCGGAAAGGACCUGCUGAAUGA